AGCUGUCAAAUUAUUGUACAAAUAUUUCUAAAUUAAAUACGUAUAUAUAAUUUAAUAAAUAAUAUUUUACUACUAUGAAAAGAGCCGCAAAAAACCUUCUACUAGACCGUCUGCACAAAGGCGCCGUCAUGGCCUGCAUGGGCAUCACCGUUUUGGGAACACUCAGUCUUGGAUUCCGAGUUUAUCAAUACUUUACUGAUAUAAAACCUGAAAUACAAAGAAAACAAAUAUUGGCAAAGAACGAGCUGUUAAAAGAAGGAGCCUCGGACAUAUCAUUAUACGAGAGCAAUAUCACGUUAAAGGAAUAACUCCUAGGAUAGUAGAUAUAUUUAGUACUGAUUACUCCAAAAAUGUAUGUUAUAUAAUGUAAAUAAGACUUAUAAUUUAUUUCAAA